UCUCCUCUUGUGGAGUUGAUGCUGCCUCUUCACAGAAACCCCCAAAACCCUAAUUCAUCCCUCCCAAGCACUAGAGAGCAGCUUCAUGGCCGAAACUAAGGACCACGAAGAAACCACAUUGCCCGCCAAGCGAAAACCCGAUCCCUCCUCCGAAGACCAAGCCGACUACCCCACCAAAUCCCAGAAGCUUCAUCUCUCCGGCAGCAGCUCUGAAGCAACAACCCAACAAUCCUCACUCACUGAAGUUGAACUACAAGCCAAUGCAGAUCCCCAAGUUGAAGACGAGGAGGACGAAGAGGAUUACAAAGAAGAAGAAGAAGAGGAAGAUGGUGAAGACUCAAAUGGGAAUUCCGAGGUGGAUCCUAAGGGGAAGGGGACUAUGAGAGCUGAUAAGGGCAAAGGUAUACUCAUUGAAGAAGACGAAGAUGAAGACGGCGAGGACAGCAGCGACUCCUCCUCCUCCAGCAGCAGCGACGGUGGAAGCGAAUUCGAAGAUGGGGACAGCGAUUUAUCGGACGAUCCUCUCGCUGAAGUCGAUUUGGACAACAUUCUUCCUUCAAGGACUCGAAGACGGCAGGUUCAGCCUGGGGUUUACAUUCGAAGUGAUAACAACCAAGACGAUGACAGUGAUGAUAGCGAUGAUUAGACAAGUUUGAGCAGAGAGGUCAGUGCGCUACCAAAAUUAGCCACAUUAUGUUUUCGGAAAUAGUCUGUUAGUAUUAGUGCUUUGUUCAUGAGGUUAUGCUACUUAACUGCCCCUUUCCCAGUACA